AUGCUUUGCUCAGUGGGAUUUCCCUUUAAACCAGGUCCCGAUUACAAGGAGCUGGAUGUUCACCUUCGGAGAAUGGAGUCUGGGUUUGGCUUCAGGAUCCUGGGAGGAGAUGAGCCUGGACAGCCUAUUCUCAUCGGAGCAGUAAUUGCCAUGGGCUCAGCAGACCGAGAUGGUCGUCUCCAUCCUGGUGAUGAGCUGGUGUAUGUAGAUGGGAUUCCAGUGGCCGGCAAAACCCACCGAUAUGUGAUUGAUCUUAUGCAUAACGCUGCCCGAAACGGGCAAGUGAAUCUUACUGUGAGGAGAAAGGUGCUACCCACGGAGUCCUCCAGCCAGAAAGGUCCCCCUCCGCUCGGCGCGACGCCCCCUCGCAGCUCCCCCAGCGCUAGGAAAAUGGCCAAUAACCAAGGAGAACCGUGCCCAGAGAAUGGCAGAAGCCCAGGCUCGGUGUCUACACACCACAGUUCUCCAAGAAGUGACUACACUACUUAUGCUAACAGUAAUCACGCUGUCUCUAGUAGCAAUGCUACACCCCCCGAGGGCUUCACUUCUCCCAGCCUGCAAACCAGUGACGUUGUGAUCCACCGCAAGGAGAAUGAAGGCUUUGGCUUCGUUAUCAUCAGUUCCCUGAACAGGCCUGAAUCUGGGUCCACAAUAACUGUACCCCAUAAAAUAGGGCGGAUAAUUGAUGGAAGUCCUGCGGAUCGCUGUGCAAAACUUAAAGUUGGAGACCGGAUCUUAGCUGUGAAUGGCCAGUCUAUUAUUAACAUGCCUCAUGCAGAUAUUGUGAAGCUAAUUAAAGAUGCAGGUCUCAGUGUAACUCUUCGCAUCAUUCCUCAGGAGGAGCUGAACAGCCCGGCCUCGGCCCCCAGCUCGGAGAAGCAGAGCCCCAUGGCCCAGCAGCACAGCCCCAUGGCCCAGCAGAGUCCCCUGGCGCAGCAGAGCCCCGUCGCCCAGCACAGCCCCGUCGCCCAGCCACCGCCUCCGCAGCCCCUCCAGCUGCAGGGACACGAAAACAGUUAUAGGUCAGAAGUAAAAGCCAGACAAGAUGUGAAACCUGAUAUCCGGCAACCUCCAUUUACAGACUACAGGCAGUCCUCAACGGACUACCGACAGCCUCCGCUGGACUACAGGCAUCCUCCGGUGAUGGAUUACCAGCAGCCACCACCUCUCGACUACAGGCAGCCGCCCUUGAUAGAUUACAGGCAGCAUUCGCCCGACACCAGGCAGUACCCUCUGUCAGAGUACAGGCAGCCCCAGGACUUUGAUUAUUUCACCGUUGAUUUGGAGAAAGGAGCCAAAGGGUUUGGGUUUAGUAUUCGAGGAGGAAGGGAGUACAAAAUGGAUUUGUAUGUGUUGAGGUUAGCAGAAGAUGGACCAGCAAUAAGAAAUGGAAGGAUGAGGGUAGGAGAUCAAAUAAUUGAAAUCAAUGGAGAAAGCACAAGGGACAUGACACAUGCCAGAGCAAUAGAGCUAAUCAAGUCUGGUGGCAGGAGAGUGCGACUGUUGUUGAAACGUGGAACAGGCCAGGUCCCAGAAUAUGACGAACCAAACUCCUGGAGUGGUCCCUCUGCCACCUCCCCAGGUCUGCCGGAAGUAGCUCUUAAAAAAAAAUCAUCACACAUAGCCCCACCCUCUGACCCUUCUCACCAGAUAAGCCCAGAGCCAGCAUGGGAUAUCAAGAGGGAACACGAUGUAAGGAAACCAAAGGAGCUUUCGGUGAACGGUCACAAAAAGAAAAGGUUAGGAGAACAAAGAGAAAGGUCAGCAAGUCCUAAAAAGGUAGACAGGUCAAAGCAUGAAGAGGCUUCUUGGAAAGGAUAUUCAGAAGGCAAAAAUAAGACCACUGAUGGUGGCAGGCCCACCUCAGAAAGCAAAGUGGUGGGACACAGCCUAAUGAUUGAGGCUGGCGCGAGAGAGCACGUGUGUGCUGGAACCAGUGAUGAACAGUUUGGGAGGCUGAGGAAGCCGGAAAGCAAGAGAGGAGGAUCUCUUAGCAAAAAAGAAUCCACAAAUACCAGUGAGAAGAAGUCAGCUGCAGCAUCCGACCGUGUCAAGCUUGAUACAGGUGCUACCAAGACGUACAGUAGCAACCGCUGCAGCUCGCCUGGAAUUGAUAUGGACCACAGCCAGAAGGACCCUGAUGGGAAACCCAGCGAGUUCCCCAGGAAGGGACAUCUCCACUCCAUUAGCACUCGCAGCACCAACACCACAGUUCGAAAGGCAACGGUCUCCCCAGGGCCGUGGAAAAUCCCUGGCUCAGAUAAGCUACCUAGCGUCCUGAAGUCUGGUACUUCUGCCAUGAGCAGAUAAGCAAGGGACUGUUGCCCUCUAACUGUCUCAAACUGACGCAGAACAUUCUUCUUAGUUUUUGUCUCACAUUGGUUUGUUUUAAUUUAUUUUAACUAUCACACAUAUACACAAAGCAUUGAGGAAUGAAAACAUUAGUGUGUAAUUCCAUGACAAUGUGCACAGUAUCUAAUAAGUUCAAAAGCAUAUAGUCAACACGGAGAUUUAAAAUCGACCCUAAAGUCCCAGUUCCAUUUUAGGGACUUUGGCAGCUAUGGAAGAAACCAAAACAAUAUGAAGGACAGUACAUCAGAGAAGGAUAGUGCAGUGUAGCUUUAGCAUUUUUUCCCCACUGCAUGAAGGACUUGGAUUUCAUUCAAACUUUAUAUCAAGAAACUGGAACAAGUUAGAGCAAUCACAAACUGGAACAUCGCCUUAAAUAAAACUGCACGGAGCAAGCUGAAACCGAGAGAGGAUCUGUUCAUGGAGCUAAAAUGUUGUAAAUAAAUUGUUCUCGACAUAUCUAGACAGGGGUUAAAGGGUUUCUUUGAAGCAUCGUUUGGAACUGUACACCCGUGACACGUCUCCACUGUUAACGCUUUGGGAUAGUCCACGUGAUACCCUGUAGCAUAGUUCACCGGGCGCUACGGGAGGAGCGGGGAAUCCGGUGGAUUAGUUUCUGUGAUACCAUUUCUACUGCCAUUUUUGUGAACGAACCAUGUUUCUGUACAUUGGAAAGGAGUUAGGGUGGAGUUGUAUUUGCAAAUUAUUCUCAAAAGAGAUUUGUUACAGGUUCCCCAAAUCCUGCGAGGUAGCACACAAACCAAUUGGUCAGGCUCAAAACCCAGACGUCUGCAAGGCCCUUGCAAUGAAAGGUAGAGAGCUACAGAGAAAAAGCUGCAGUUUCCUUAAGGAAAGGCCUUUCCCUCCUGCAGAAAACAAGAGCUUCACUUAUCAACAGUGCUGUGUUUCAUACCCGUCUACAUUUAGUUAGGACACUCUCACCCGUCAUCCCCUCAGUUUGGCAGA